GGGCUCUGGGCGAGGCCGCCCCAUCGCGCCGGCCGCGCACCCCCGUUCCUCCGCGGCCCCAGCGAAGGCGCCGCCGCCCGCUUCCUGCCGCGCCCCAGCAGCGCCGCCGGGUCCGCCGCUGCUUCCCCCCGCGCCUCCCUCCGAGCAGCGGCUGGAACCUGGGAGCCUGCGCGGCGCGGCGGCCAGGCCGAGCGAGGAGAUGAACACGGUGCUGUCCCGGGCCAACUCGCUCUUCGCCUUCUCUUUGAGCGUGAUGGCGGCGCUCACCUUCGGCUGCUUCAUCACCACCGUCUUCAAGGAACGCAGCGUACCCGUCAGCAUCGCUGUCUCCCGGGUCACGCUAAAAAAUCUAGAAGAUUUCACCGGACCUAGAGAAAGAAGCGAUCUGGGAUUUGUCACGUUUGACAUUACUGCAGAUCUGCAGAGUAUAUUUGACUGGAAUGUUAAACAAUUGUUUCUAUAUUUGUCUGCAGAAUAUUCAACAAAAAACAAUGCUCUAAAUCAAGUGGUGCUUUGGGACAAGGUCAUGUUGAGAGGAGAUAAUCCAAAGCUGUUCUUAAAAGAUAUGAAGUCAAAGUACUUUUUUUUUGAUGAUGGAAAUGGUCUCAAGGGAAACAGGAACGUCACUUUGACUCUCUCCUGGAAUGUUGUACCAAAUGCUGGCAUUCUACCUCUUGUAACAGGAUCAGGACAUGUGUCUGUACCUUUCCCAGAUACCUAUGAAACAACAAAAAGUUAUUAAAUUAUAGUACUGAAUCCUAAGCAAGAUAUUUUUAUAAUUGUAUAUUAUGAAUAAAUUUUAUUGCAGUUUCUUCUCAUA